CAAUGAUCCAGAAUGUCGGAAGUCACCUGCGAAGGGGCUUUGCCUCUGUGUUCUCGAGCCGCACAUCCCGGAAGUCAGCCUCACGUGCAGGGGACAACGACUUCGCCAUGGCAGAGGGCGAGGGGUACCGGAACCCCACGGAGGUGCAGAUGAGCCAGCUGGUGCUGCCCUGCCACACCAACCAGCGUGGUGAGCUGAGCGUCGGGCAGUUGCUCAAGUGGAUCGACACCACGGCCUGCCUGUCUGCGGAGAGGCAUGCUGGCUGCCCCUGUGUCACGGCCUCCAUGGACGAUAUCUAUUUUGAGCACACCAUUAGUGUUGGACAAGUGGUGAAUAUCAAGGCCAAGGUGAACCGGGCCUUCAACUCCAGCAUGGAGGUAGGCAUCCAGGUGGCCUCUGAGGACCUGUGCUCUGAGAAGCAGUGGAAUGUGUGCAAGGCCUUGGCCACCUUUGUGGCCCACCGGGAGAUCUCCAAGGUGAAGCUGAAGCAGAUCACACCACGGACGGAAGAGGAGAAGAUGGAGCACAGUGUGGCUGCCGAGCGCCGGCGCAUGCGACUGGUCUAUGCAGACACCAUCAAGGACCUCCUGGCCAACUGCGUCAUUCAGGAUGAUCUGGAGAGCAGAGACUGCAGCCUCAUGGUGCCAGCCGAGAAGACCCGCGUGGAGAGCGUGGAGCUGGUCCUGCCCCCUCACGCCAAUCACCAGGGAAGCACCUUUGGGGGCCAGAUCAUGGCCUGGAUGGAGAACGUGGCCACCAUUGCAGCCAGCCGACUUUGCCGUGCCCACCCUACACUGAAGGCCAUUGAGAUGUUCCAUUUCCGAGGCCCGUCCCAGGUUGGGGACCGUCUGGUGCUCAAGGCCAUUGUGAACAACGCUUUCAAGCAUAGCAUGGAGGUGGGCGUGUGCGUGGAGGCCUAUCGCCAGGAGGCCGAGACCCGUCGGCGGCAUAUCAACAGUGCCUUCAUGACCUUCGUGGUCCUGGACCCAGAUGACCAGCCCCAGAUGCUGCCCUGGAUUCGGCCUCAGCCUGGGGAUGGUGAGCGGCGGUACCGAGAGGCCAGUGCCAGGAAGAAAAUUCGCCUAGACAGGAAGUACAUCGUGUCCCGUAAGCAGGCGGAGGUGCCCCUCUCUGUCCCCUGGGACCCUAGCAACCAGGUGUACCUGAGCUACAACAAUAUAUCGUCCCUGAAGAUGCUUGUGGCCAAGGACAACUGGGUGCUGUCCUCGGAGAUCAACCAGGUCCGCCUGUACACUCUGGAGGAUGACAAGUUCCUCUCCUUCCACCUGGAGAUGGUGGUGCACGUGGACGCGGCCCAGGCCUUCCUGCUGCUCUCGGACCUACGUCGGAGGCCCGAGUGGGACAAGCACUACCGGAGUGUGGAGCUGGUGCAGCAGGUGGACGAGGAUGAUGCCAUCUACCACGUCAUCAGCCCUGUCCUUAGUGGUGAUGCCAAGCCCCAGGACUUUGUGAUCCUGGCCUCGCGGCGGAAGCCUUGUGACAGUGGGGACCCCUAUGCCAUUGCACUGAGAUCGGUCACGCUGCCCACACACUGCGAGACGCCAGAGUAUAGGCGUGGGGAGACCCUUUGUUCGGGCUUCUGCCUCUGGCGUGAGGGGGACCAGCUGACUAAGGUGUCUUACUACAACCAGGCUACCCCUGGCGUUCUCAACUACGUGACCACCAAUGUGACCGGCCUCUCCUCUGAGUUCUACACCACCGUCAAGGCUUGUGAGCAGUUCCUCUUGGACAACCGGAAUGAUCUGGCCCCCAGCCUCCAGACCCUCUAGGUGCAGCAGUGACCACUUUAGGUCCACUCCCACUCCAUCCUGCCCUAAGGACUUGCAUACAAUGUGUGGAGGAAGGUGGGCAUUUAUUUCAUCCGGCCUCCCCAUGGGAAGCCUUGACCCAGGGUCCGCCAGCCCAGCACCAUUGGGCGAUCAGUUUCUACCAACAUCUGCCAGCAAGUCCUCACGGUACCCCUGGGGCAGCCUGUAGUAGACUCGGGUUCUGUCCACGGCCCUGGCUGCCAGCAAUGCUGCCCGCACAGCUGUGUAGCUGCCCCUGGCAGGGCUGUGCCCCACUGUGACGGUGGCCCGGGGGGAGGCUGACAGCAGCCUGGCUACGGCUCCAGCUGUGCUCUGGCCCAGCAUCCCGGCCUGCAGCUGGAAGGACACAGGUUGCCAGAGCCCCUGGCACAGUUCCAGCAUAUCUGUGAGCAGCUGCUCCCUGUAGCCACUGCCCAGCACUUCCUCAGGCCAGCCUGGUGCCACAGUCACAUGGGGGAAAACCUCAGCCACAGCUGUAAGCAACUCUCUGCCAGCCACAUGGCCAGGGACCACAAAACUCCCAUGGGAGACUGUGGCCCCAACCCACACGGGCCGAGGCAGAAGGUCAAGGAUGGAGAGGUACUCCAGCAUAGCCAAGGAUGGCCGGAGAGCUGUGGGCUCUUCUAUGUGCAAAUGGAUGCCCCAGUGUCCAGGGCGCGUGGCCAGCUGCAACAGGCAUGACUCCAGUGUCAGGACAGGGCCACCUGGGGCACUCACAAUGGGCACAGGGCCCCUGGUUGCAGUUUCCUGGAGGCUAAUGUUCAGCAGGAUCAUGCCUUCUCUGUCUGGAAGAGGCAACAGCAUCAGGGUCAGAUUAUCAUGGGGCGCCAGAGUCCCUUGUUAAAGAGGCAGUGAGGGCUUAUGGGGACACCAAGGAGGAGGGGCUGGUGUCUCACCUGUCAACCCUGUUCUGUGCUCCAGGUGGAAGGGCUGCUUUCUAAAGGUGCCUGGUGCUCGACAGGCUGACACGAUAAACUGCUAGCCCAGCUCUUGGCCUUUAUCUGCGACUCAGCCCUGGGGCUUGUGCCCACCUCUCCCACAACGUGAUAUGGCUGAGGACUCAAGGGUGCUGGUCUGAAGGUGGGGAGCCCUGUGCUCCUGACACCACUGUACUCCCUCUCCCCCUGCCCCACUUGUAUCCAGCAUGCGGCUUAAAUUCACCCAUGUUGCCAUGGUAACAGACCCUCACCCCAAGCAUAGGACACCCUUGCAGUUUAGCUAGGAGCACCAGGGUUGUAGGCAGACCUUACCUGGGAGGGUAACUGCUACUGUCCUUCCAUUGCCCUGGACGCCAGGAACCAGCCACUCCACGUCCAGACCAUCACCCCC